CGAACCGAGCCGCCAUCGCUGCCACGCUGACCCAAGCAGCACAGGCCUCCACAACAACAAAUUCCCCCUAGCUGUGGGCUGCCGAGGCCGGCAAAAACAGCAGCAUGUCUCGGAGACCACCCAAAGGAGAAUACAUCGAGACGGACUCGGGCAACAAGGUGUCGCGCAAAGCCAUCCUCGUGGGCACGCAGAACAUCAUGCUCGGCGGCAAGACUGUCAUCCAGCCAGAGGUCAUGAUCAGGGGCGACCUGUCGCGCACCGCUCCGUCGUCCUCGUCCUCGUCCUCGUCCUCUGCCUCUCCGACCAGCAACACCGCCGUCACUGUUGGCCGCUACUCAUUCCUGAGCCGGGGUGUCUUCUUGCGACCGCCUGGCCGUAUCUAUAAAGGGGACUUUACGUACAUGCCUCUGCGCAUGGGAGACCACGUAUUUGUGGGCGAAAGGAGUGUCGUCCGGGCCGCCACCAUCGGGAGCCAUGUGCACAUCGGCCAUAACGUCGUCGUUGGCGAGUUCGCCAUCAUUAAGGACUACGUUCGCAUCCUAGACGGCACUGUCGUCCCUGCCAACACCGUCAUCCCUAGCUUCAGCAUUGUCGCCGGCCAGCCGUCGAGGAUCAUCGGCGAGGUGCCCGAGGGAGACCAUGAGGCCUUUGAGCUUAGAGAGCUCUAUCGGACAGUCGGCAACAACCCACAGCCGGCUGCUGUCUGACCCGCCUUUGCGGCGUCACGUGUCUUCCAUGCAUGCGCCCAACACGGACCUGACUGGAUUAGACUUUAUGGAUUUCUGGGAGCUCGCCGGUCUGAGGGGGAGUCAGGCUCGGCGAAGGGGCCUCGGCAGAGUAUCUCAACGCCCAUCUCGGAGCUCCGGGGGCGGCCUCCUGAGCCUUGUAAAGUUUCCUUGUUCCGUCACUUCCCGGCCCGGCCUGUGCUCUGACAGCACGGGCUAUCCGUUGGUCAUAGCAGCCAACGGAUACAGACGUCAUCACAGAGAAUAGGAGGUUGGGAAAUCUUGUUUCGAGCCACGUUGUUGGCUUAGCCAAAUUCUGAGACGAUGGAACCGGCAAAAAUGAAAGUCUUAGCACUAGGUUCGAUGCUGUUAGAGUCUAAAAGGGCAAAAUGGUAGGUAGUUUGUUGAACAACUAGUUCACCAACCACUACCAAAACUUUAUACCAACCACUCUCAACAA